AUGAGGAUACUCGCGACUCGCCUCGUUAACUAUUGUCUGAAAGGGAGUGUUAUAUCUUUGUAUUCUCAUCAAUCUCGCAGUUGGUGUUCAUGGGAAGGAAAUCGCGGGGAAAGCGAAGAGAUCAAAGGCAAGAUCCAACCGAAACCGGCGAAUGAGGCAAGAGCAAUAGAAGACGAGAUGGUAGAGAUGAGACGAGAAAUGAGCAUGCUGAAGGCAAAGUUAAAGAGGGAAUACAGGACGAACCACCGUCUGAUGAGCAAGCUAAAGCAAGUGUCCAAUGGACAAGUUGAGGAAGAGUGUGAUUGCACGGUUACGUUGGGAAAGAAAGAGAUUACUGUAGCGGCUUUGUUGUUGAUUCUCUAUUUGAUUCUCGGCCCCAAGCCAGCGGUUGUCUGUUUAAUAUUGUGUUUGCUUUCUUGGAACCCAUAA